UAGCACGCACGCGGUAAGCAACGCGAGAUGGUGAAAUACGCUCGCGAGCCCGAGGGCGACGCCACGAAGUCGUGCAAAGCGCGCGGCUCCGACCUGCGCACGCACUUCAAGAACAUGCGCGAGACCGCCAUGGCCAUCAAGAAGAUGGAUUUGACGUCCGCGAAGACGUACCUCGAGGAGGUCAUCGCGAUGCGCCGGUGCGUCGUCUUCCGCCGCUUCUGCGGCGGCGUCGGCCGCACCGCGCAGGCGAAGAACGAGGGGUCCACGAACGGGCAGGGUCGGUGGCCGAAGAAGUCCGCCGAGAUGCUCCUCGGCAUCCUUAAGAACGCGGAGUCGAACGCGGAGGUGAAGGGACUGGACCCCGAGGCGCUCGCGAUCACGCACAUCCAGGUCAACCGCGCGAUCCAGCAGCGCCGCCGCACGUACCGCGCGCACGGUCGUAUCAACCCGUACAUGAGCUCGCCGUGCCACGUCGAGGUGAUCCUAUCGGAGAAGACGGAGCCGGUGAAGCGCGAGGAGGACGUGCGCGGGCCGAGGGUCACGUCGAAGCAGGCCGCGCGCCUUCGCAUCCGCAACGGCUCCACGAACGCGUGAGCAGCGCUGAAGCGGGUCAAAAGCGAAGAGGGUGUGGGGGGUUGGUCGACGAGACGGCGAGAGAGGGUGGAGGCUCGCGCGACGGCGUCGUUUAGGACGCGUCGGCGACGCGGCGGCGACGACUGUUAGAGUCGCGCGCCGCCGCGGAAGAUGCGAAUGAUGUAACGACACGCGAGCCGCUAUCGUU